UGGGAGGCGGCAUGGACCAAUAGCAGACGGGGCCGGCUGGUGUAUCCGGGCAGAUUGGGGCGGAACCAACCAAUCAAAAAAAAAAGGGCCAAGCAACGAGUGGAACCGGGACUGUGAAGCCGACCCAGAGUCGUGGUGGCUCCGAGGAUGGCAGAAGAUGAACCUGAUGCCAAGAGCCCAAAGACAGGUGGAGCAGCCCCAGGCAGUGGGGAUGCUGGUGAACCUACCACUCUCCUACAGAAGCUCCGAGGGUCUAUCUCCAAGGCGGUACAGAACAAAGUAGAGGGGAUCCUGCAAGAUGUGCAGAGGUUCUCAGACAACGACAAGCUGUAUCUUUACCUUCAGCUCCCCUCGGGCCCCAGUGGUGGAGAUAAAAGCAACCUGGAGCCAAGUGCACUCAGUCAUGAUGAGUAUAUGUAUGCCUACAGAUGGAUUCGAAACCACCUAGAAGAGCACACAGCCACCUGUUUGCCCAAGCAGGAUGUUUAUGAUGCUUAUAGGAGGUACUGUGAGAGCUUAGCCUGCUGCCGCCCGCUCAGCACUGCCAACUUUGGCAAAAUCAUCCGGGAAAUCUUCCCUGACAUCAAGGCCCGGAGGCUGGGAGGCCGGGGCCAAUCCAAAUAUUGCUACAGUGGUAUCCGAAGAAAGACCCUGGUAUCUAUGCCACCCUUGCCUGGACUUGACCUCAAGGGGUCAGAGAGUCCAGAGUUGGGCCCAGAGGUGGGUCCAGGUCCUCGGGAUGAACUAGUGGAAGCGGCCUGUGCCCUGACCUGUGACUGGGCAGAGCGUAUAUUAAAACGCUCCUUCAGCUCCAUCGUCGAAGUGGCCCGAUUCCUGCUGCAGCAACAUCUCAUCUCUGCUCGAUCUGCUCAUGCACAUCUGCUCAUGGCCAUGGUGCUUGCUGAUGAACCUGAACGACUCCCACGGGAUCCCUCAUCUGCUACCAAGAAUGGUCUGGAGAACCCAGAAGGAAGAGCCUCCAAAGGUCAGCCCCAGCCCCCCAAGGAACUGGAGCCCCGAACUGGGUCUGCUCUCCCAGUUCGAGGGGAGCGAAAGAAAACUGCAGAAACCUCAGCCCCGGCAGCCAGCAGCCCCCAAGUGAAUGCUCUGGUUGCCCGACUGCCUGUGCUCCUCCCCCGGGUACCCCACCCACAACUUGCUCAGCCUGUCCGAGUCUCCCCACCAGUCCUGGCCCCCAAACUUCCCUCAGGUACCCUAAAAGUCACUACACUGCCUUUGCCCAGUGGGGCUGCGGUAUCCCGGGGAACUCUGCCCAUCAUCAACAUGAUCUUGCCCACUGUAUCUGCUGUGCCUGUACCUGGGAGAGCUCCACCAGAAGGUCCUACCCAGUCUCAGGGCCUUGAGAAAAACAGGGAGAUAGGCCCAGGGGUGGACUUGGGACCACAGGGCAAGGGAGUGAAGAGGACAGCUGAAGUGCCUAUGAGUGACACCAGAGGACAAGAGCUAGAAGCCAAAGUAUUAAGCCAGGAUACAGAAGAAAUAGGGAUCGAUGCCAAGCGUAAAAGAGGACGUCCUCGAAAGAAAUCAAACAGUGAGGGGGAAAGGAGCUCCUCUCCUGAGAAGCCACUGCCUGCUACAGACUCUGCCCAUUCCCCCAGGGUACCACAGGAGUCUCGGGGCUUUGGAGGGGAGCGUGACCUGGCUAAAGGGUCAGUGGGAAAGGUGGAGGAGAAAAAAGUGCCUUCUCUUGGCCAGGAAGAUGGCACUGAUUUCAAGGGAGGAAGGGGACCUAGUGCCCAACAUGCCAAAGAAAUAGGGGACAAAAGUCUUGUCGCUCCUAAAGUGAGUGUCAUUAAGGGCAACAAAAGCUGGGAGGGAGCCCCACAGUCCAUGAGAAAAGAGGUAGCCGAACCUGCAGGGCAAGGUAAUAAAGACCCAAAAGGGAGUGUGUCCCAAGGCUCCCUGUUCUUUGGACAUAAAGAUCCCAAAGCAACACCCCCUUAAUAGGUACAUGGGGAGAAAUCUGAAUGUCCCCACAUGCACCUAAUCUGUCCAUCUAAGAAGGAUCCCUUCUCUCUGAUCCUGCUUGUUAUUUGGCCAUGGGAGACUUGUCCUAGUCCUUCCUCUUCUGGACUUCUGUGUUCCCCAAUCUGACCACAUCUUGUCCCUCCCUUUGCCUAGUACCCUUGGCUUCAAUGCUACCUGCCAAUAAACCUGCCAUGCCCCCUA